UCCAUAAGUAUUAAAUCCUAUCGCAAACAUGGCGUCGCAGUACUAUCUGGAAAUGCAAGAGAAUUUCAAAAAUAACAACAAAAGUCGUGAAUUCCCUGCUCACAGCGCCAAGGUGCAUUCGGUUGCUUGGAGUUGUGAUGGCAGGCGGCUGGCAUCUGGAUCAUUUGACAAAACGGCAAGCGUAUUCGUACUGGAGAAAGAUCGCUUGGUGAAAGAAAACAACUACCGGGGUCAUGGCGACAGUGUUGAUCAGUUAUGUUGGCAUCCCACAAAUCCAGACCUCUUUGUUACUGCAUCGGGGGAUAAGACCAUCCGCAUCUGGGAUGUUCGGACCACGAAGUGCAUUGCUACUGUGAACACGAAAGGGGAAAACAUAAACAUAUGCUGGAGCCCUGACGGACAGACUAUCGCUGUUGGAAACAAAGAUGACGUGGUUACUUUCAUCGAUGCCAAAACGCACCGGUCACGAGCGGAGGAGCAGUUCAAGUUUGAGGUGAACGAGAUCUCUUGGAACAACGACAACGAUAUGUUCUUCUUGACGAAUGGAAACGGCUGCAUCAAUAUUCUCAGUUACCCAGAAUUGAAGCCCAUACAGUCUAUCAAUGCCCACCCGUCCAACUGCAUCUGCAUCAAGUUUGACCCCACAGGAAAGUACUUUGCCACAGGCAGUGCAGAUGCUCUGGUCAGUCUCUGGGAUGUGGAAGAACUUGUGUGUGUGCGCUGUUUCUCCAGGUUGGACUGGCCGGUGCGGACUCUGAGCUUCAGUCACGAUGGCAAAAUGCUGGCAUCUGCAUCUGAGGAUCACUUCAUUGACAUUGCCGAGGUUGAGACUGGAGAGAAGUUGUGGGAGGUGCAGUGCGAGUCUCCCACUUUCACCGUGGCCUGGCAUCCCAAAAGACCCUUGCUGGCAUACGCCUGUGAUGACAAGGAUGGGAAGUAUGACAGCAACCGGGAAGCAGGCACCGUCAAGUUGUUUGGAUUGCCCAAUGAUUCCUGAGGGGCGUGGUCUGUACACUUGUGUGCCAUCAGCAUUACAGUACUGCUUUUAUUUGGUUAAUCAGGAAUUGUUUUGGCCUUGAAACCUUGUGAUUGGUGCCAGUGCAGAUCUUGCUGUUCCGUUAGCCAGUUUCCAACACACAAGCAGGGAUGGAUGGAAACUGAACAUCUCUGUGUUCUCGUGUUUAAACUUGCAGAUGGCAUGGCAUUACUGUUUGCCGAGGUUAUAAAAAUAGCCUUCUUUUGAUGCAUAUAUGGCCAUGGCUUCCCGGUGUGUUUACUCCCCUUUAAUGUAUUGGUAUAUUUGCUGAGAAACCAUCAUAUUUUUUUAUUAAGGUAAUUUCUGUGCCUGAAGGCUUGGCUGUUUUUUAUUUUCUCCCAAAUGGAUUGUACUCAUAAAUAUGAAUCUGAAACCUAUUUUGGAACAUGCAGAAAACGCUUUUGCUGAUUUUAAAAGGAACGGGUUUACCACACCCUCGAACAGUUAAAAAAAAAAAAAAAAAAAAAAAAAAAAAAGUUUAGUGUGUACACUAAAUUUGCAGUUGUUGUUUUUGUACAAAAAUGGGGACCAACCAAGAAUUGCUAAGAAUUACCAAGAAUGGAUGCCAUUGUUUGGUGUUACAAUUUUAAUUCAAGGCGUAGCAGCAUCUUGUACACUGACAGACGGGGCAAUUUCUGCAGAUAGGCAGCAACGUUUCACUUUCUCAUUGGAACCAGCAGGGGGCCUCAUCACCCUGUGAUGGCACAUUAGGAAAUAUUUAAACGCCACUGUAGCUUUACUUUUGAAAGCAAAAUGUCAUGAAAUGCUUUUUUGUACCGUAAAUUUUGUCCUCAGAAGGUGGAAUUUGUUAUACCAUUAAAAAUACUGAAUGUGAAA